CUUUUUCCUGAAGUCUUUGCUCCAUAAAAUGGGGGGCAUGUUUUCUUGUUUCAACAAGAAGAAGAAGCCAAGCAAGAAAAAAAGCUUGGAAGAGAAGCUUGAACGGAAAAUAGCUGAAAUAAAAAGAUAUAAAUUUGGAGAAAGAAGAAUGAAAUCAAUUGAUAACAUAUUUAUGAUGUUCCCUACGUUCGAGGAGAAACUGAAGUCGUUAAGAGUAAUGUUUGAAAAGUAUGAUGUGAACUCUAAUGGAUCUAUAGAGCCUAAUGAACUAAAAAGGUUGUUAGAACAUUUGCAACUUCAUCUUCCAGAGGAUGAAAGUCAGAAUAUUUUUAAGUACUGUGAUAUUGAUGGAAGCAAGGGGAUACAGUUCAAUGAAUUUAUUGUUCUUCUAUGCCUCGUACAUCUCCUAACAGAACCUUCAUCUUCUGAUAAUCCUUCCAAAGCAGAGUUAGCACAGAUUGGAGAAAUUUUUGACACCAUAGUUGAGGUCUUUCUGUUUUUUGAUCAUAAUUCUGAUGGGAAGAUUAACCAUGAGGACAUGGCCUUGACAUUGAAUGAGACUACCCCUCGGGAAAGAUCACCAUCGCACAUCACUAGAAAACGACUUGAAGAUAUAGACUGGGACAAGAAUGGGCAGGCCACAUUCAGGGGGUUCCUCUUUGGUUUCAUCAAAUGGAUUGGGAUUGAUGUUGAUGAAUAGCUAUUCUACUGCAGAG